ACGCCCGGGGACGUGGACGUGGACGCGGACGCAGACAUGGCGGCCGCCAAACCCCCCGGGCCCGGCGGCACCAACCUGCUCUUCUCCUCCUCCGCCACCGAGUUCAGCUUCGCCGUGCCCUUCCUCCCGGUCAGCCAGGCCCCCGCCGACACCGCCCCCGCCCCCGCCCCGGGGCCCGCCCUGCUCGGCGCGGAUGAUUCUGCAGAUGUUGGUGAAGAGGACAGCUUCUUGGGUCAGACUUCUGCAAGUCCUAACCCACCACAGACUUUUAGUUAUUUCUCCCAAGUACCUAGCAGUGGGGAUCCAUUUGGAAGCAUUGGGCAGCUACCCUUAACAACUGGGGCACCACCAGUUGGGUCAUCAACUUUCUCCAAGCCUCCAGCUUCUCUGCCACUCGUGCCAGGGUCACAGGAUGGGCAGAAUGCUUUUCCAGCACAUGUUCCAAAGUCACAAACAUUGUAUAAUACACCACCUACCACACAAGUGGGAAGCAGUGCUCAUCAGGCUUCUCAGCAGAGCUGCCCCCCAACUGCAAGCUUUUCAGCUCCUCCCCAUGGAACAUCACAGCAAGGAUACAACCCGUAUCGCCAUACCUCCUUGAGCAGUAGAGCUAACCCUUACAUAACUCCACCCCAGCUGCAGCAGAUGCCAAGUCAGUCAGUUCAACCACCACCAGCUGUACCGCCUGUCCACAUGUAUCAGACACCUCCGGGGUCAUUAUCACCGUUUUCUCCGUCACAGUCAGUACUGCCGUCAGCCUCCCAACCUCUACAAACUUCGAGACCUGCAGGUCCCUUGGUGCAGGCGCCACCUGUUUUACUGCAGAACCAGUAUGAACCAGUUCAGCCCCAUUGGUUUUACUGCAGGGAAGUGGAAAACAAACAGAUAUGGAUGCCAUUCAGUGUUUUAGAUUCUGUAAAGCUGGAGGAAGUCUAUAACUCUGUCCAACCAGAUCCUGAGAGUGUUAUUUUGAGCACGGAUGGGGGGCGCUAUGAUGUAUACCUGUAUGACAGAAUGAGGAAAGCUGUGUAUUGGGAAGAAGAGCCCUCAGAAGUGAGACGAUGUACGUGGUUUUAUAAAGGAGACAAAGAUAGCAGAUUCGUUCCAUAUGAGGAAGACUUCAGUGAGAAGCUAGAGGCAGAAUAUAAAAAAGCGCUAACUACGAAUCAGUGGCACCGGCGACUUGAAUUUCCUAACGGGGAAACGAUUAUUAUGCACAAUCCUAAGGUAAUAGUUCAGUUCCAACCUUCCUUGAUACCAGAUGAGUGGGGGACCACGCAAGAUGGUCAGACAAGACCAAGGGUGGUAAAACGUGGCAUUGAUGAUGAUCAUGAUGAAAUUCCUGAUGGAGAGAUGUCUCAGAUUGACCAUUUAGUGUUUAUGGUCCAUGGGAUAGGUCCUGUGUGUGAUUUAAGAUUUAGAAGCAUUGUUGAAUGUGUUGAUGACUUCAGGACAGUAUCUCUGAAGCUGUUGCAGACCCAUUUUAAGAAGCCUGUAGAGGAAUUUCAAGUGAGCAGAGUUGAAUUUCUCCCAGUUCACUGGCAUAGUGCUCUACAUGGGGAUGCGACAGGUGUAGACAGGAAUAUUAAGAAAAUCACUUUGCCAAGCAUUGGACGUCUGCGCCACUUCACCAAUGAGACCUUGCUUGAUAUACUGUUUUACAACAGCCCCACCUACUGUCAGACAAUUGUGGAUAAAGUUGGAAUGGAAAUGAAUCACCUGUAUUCACUUUUCAUGAGUCGCAACCCAGAUUUUAAAGGCGGAGUCUCUGUUGCUGGGCACAGUUUAGGUUCUUUAAUUCUGUUUGACAUACUGUCCAACCAGAAAGACUUGGCUUCAUCAGGAAGCUCUGGCUAUCUCUCUGCUGUAAAUGGGGUUGUGAAAGAUGGUGCUGUUUCUGAUAAGCAGAUAACAGAAGAUACCAGUUCAUUGGGUACUUCAGUUACUCCCUCUAGUGAUGAGUCCUAUGAACCGAGCAUGGAUGAUGAAGUUCCAACCUUGCAGAAGACUCUGGAAAUGCUCAGUCUUACCGAAUACAUCAGUAUAUUUGAAAAAGAGAGAAUUGAUAUGGAAUCUCUGCUGAUGUGUACAGUUGAUGACCUGAAGGAAAUGGAAAUACCUCUUGGACCAAGAAAGAAAAUUGCUAAUUUUGUAAAAGACAGAGCAGCUGAACAGGAACAGAAAAAGGCAAUAACAGAAAAAAAAGCAAUGAUGCAAGCUCAAGAAACUGCUCAGAAGGCAAAAGAAGCAGUUUCUUCGGUCUCCUCUAUAGAACGUGGUAGACUACAGGAGCAGUCAAAGAGAAAGCUUCCUGUGGGUGCCUCUGUUUCUUCUGUGAGCAUUGAUUAUGAGUAUUUUGAAGUUGGUACUGGCCAGGUUUCCGUGGUUCACAAUACUCUAGAUUUCGAACCAGAAAUUUUCUUUGCCCUUGGUUCUCCAAUUGGUGUGUUCCUCACUGUGCGAGGAGUAGAGAAGAUUGAUGAAAACUACAGACUUCCUACCUGCAAGGGAUUCUUCAAUAUUUACCAUCCACUUGACCCAGUAGCUUACAGGUUAGAACCUAUGAUUAUUCCACACUUGGAUGUAAAACCAGUUCUCAUUCCACAUCACAAAGGCAGAAAAAGACUUCAUCUUGAGCUGAAAGACUCUCUUUCUCGAAUGGGAGCUGAUCUGAAACAAGGCUUUAUCAGUUCAUUGAAGAGUGCCUGGCAGACACUUAAUGAUUUUGCUCGUGCUCACACCUCCUCAACUCAGCUGCAAGCAGAACUGGAGAAAGUAGCUAAUCAGAUUAAAGAAGAAGAAGAAAAACAAGUGGUAGAAGUUGAAAAGAUCACUGAAAGUCCAGAUCUUUUGAAGGAUGAGGAUUUAUCUGUGAAGGUUGGAAUGCUAAAUGGAGGACGCCGUAUUGAUUAUGUUUUGCAAGAAAAACCAAUAGAAAGCUUCAAUGAAUACCUUUUUGCACUACAGAGUCACCUGUGUUAUUGGGAAUCUGAAGAUACUGCCUUGCUGCUUCUCAAAGAGAUAUACAGAACUAUGAACAUCAGUCCUGAACAGCCACAACACUGAUGGAAGGGUCCCUGACUUUUUGAUCUGCUGUCAGUGUUGUGGCUGACCUGCUGAAAAACCGAUUUGAAGAACUCCCAGUAUUUCCCUAGUCACAGAUGAUGGAGCAGGAAUCAGACUGUCAAUGGCAGCCUCUUCUGUCAGCCCAAAGCUCUUGGAUUUGGAUUACUGCCUCCUUGUUUCACUUCAAGAAAAUUGAGAACGUUGAAAAGCUCAGCACCACUGUUUGGUCCACGUAAUUGGAAUGACACUAUUUCAACCUUUGUAAAUCAGCUUAAUUGUACACUUGCCAAAUAUAAGUGACCAGUGAAGCAUAUUUGUGGCAUGCAAACUAUUAUUUCUGCCCCUCCGUCUCUGCUGUUUCAUUUGGCUAUCAGACAUCUAGUGUCCAUCAAGGCAGUAUGUUCCGAAUUAAAGUAAGGACUUGUUGAGAAAUGGGAAUAAUCUGCUUUUCUUAAAACAACUGUUGUUCCAUCUUUUAAAAACAAAAUGUGAAUUUUAGUCAUAAGCUGCUUUAGUACAAAUGACAUCUAGCUGUUUGUAUUUACUAAGACAGGUGACCAGAACCAAUUUCUUACUACUGUAAGCUUAAUACUGAGAUUUUAUAAAACCUUUUCAAGCCUCUGUUGAAGGAGUUUUCUUCUGAUAGAGGUAAAAUGACUUUUUGCUGUAGAAAAUGCCAGAAGUUUGUUGCAGUUGGUUCAGCCUUCAUAUAACUUGUUAUGUAAAUGAUUCAGGGAACAAAGAUAUCAAAUAUCAUUUCAAUUUAGUAAUUAUGUAGAUUUUAGUGUGGCCUAGUGGCUACUGCCUUGUGAGAAAAUGUAGAUGAAUGUAGAGACUAUUUGAAGCUUGUGAGAGCAAAAUCCAACAGGCAGAGUCAAGGCCUAUGACCCGCGCUCCAUUUUCAUCUACUGAAAUCAGUGGGAGUUGGAUGGGAUGAGGUUUUAUAGAUUUGUUUCUCUGUGACCACUGUAACUUCCUUCUGGCUUCAACUUUUAAUGCAAGCUGUUUCUCAUUUUCUUAAUAGUAAGUACCUAUAACCCUAAUGCUGCCAAAAUUUGCUUCUGUUGCUACAGUAGAUGCAUUUUGCUAAUGGUUACAUAGUGGAUUCUCAUGGAACACAGUUGUUUGUUUGGCUUUUUUAAAGUAUAUGUAUAAAACACAUUUUUGUGUAUAUAUUUUUGGUUAGUAUAAUUAAAAUACUCUAAUGUCAGUUGAUCUUUACAGCAAGGUUUUGUACAUGUCCCAUUGGUGAUUUUAAUUUGUAUUCUGACUAUUUGGAUGCUCGUGGUGUCACUUCCUCAUUCUGAACAUUUGGUUCAAUGUUUACUACAGUAAAGUUUUCCUUCCACUUUAUUUUCACUUAACCAAAAAAUAUCACCAGAAACUGAGAGCGGAGCCUUUUGCCUGAUGGUACAACACAUGGAAAAACCCAAGCCCUUCAGUAUUAAACAAAGUUUCUCAACAGCUUUCAGAUCCUUACAAAUGGUAUUCAGGUCACGUUACCCCUAGUACAGGAUAAAAUACCAAAGCAUAUAAGAUGUAAAGGUUUCUGAGAAUCUUCAGCUAUGUUGAAUGUGUGCAGUGUGCUGAAGUGAAUACGUAAAGGCAAACCAAAUAAAUUUAAUGGGAAAAAAAACUCUAGAGAAUAUUGCAUAUGACUUCUACUUUUAUACUAAAGCCAAAUUCUAAUGGGAAUUCAGCUUGCUUUUUGAUUUUGUUCAUUAUUAUGAAAGGAAAUAACUGCUUCAUUUGUUAACAGUAAUAAUUUUUCUGUUGUAUGUUACUUGCAUAUUUUAAAGCUAAUAACAGUUUCUAAUUCCAAAGAAUUUGUACUUAUUUCUUUUUACCUCCCUAGACUUAAUAAAAAGACAAGGUAAGCAACUA